AUGAGCUCUCGGACACUGGGCUGCUCGCGGACAGCUCUGCGGACGGUCUCCCGUCCCAAUGACCCCGCGACGCGCCCGCCACUCCAGCGACCCCAGUUCGCCGAGUUUUCUGGUGCUAGCAUGAACCAGGAUCGGCUAGGCCACCGGGCAAAAGAGAAGCUGCUCGACAGGGAAUUCUUCCUCAGUUUAUUAAGCUCUGCCUCGACCAAACGAGAAGCCAGAUCGUACCUCUCUCGUUUCAAAGAAAAGUCCUCCAAACCCGGACAGAAACCAUCUAAAGAAUCUGAGAAGGAGUCUUCUCCAGCUUCACUACCAUCCGGGGUGAACCUCGGCUCAUUCUAUGGCGCUCCAAGGGCAGUUUACAAUAGCCCCGUUUUCCGGCAAGAUACCACACCGGCUCCACAGGGGCGAGAAUACACUGAAAGGGUUCAUUUGGCUCUAGUCAAGAUCGUCGCGCCUCAAUUGCUGGAGGAUGAGGUCGUGGAUGGAGUGGCCAAGACCUUGUCGCAGCUCAUCCGGCUGGGGAUGGCAUGCUGCCUUGUGGUUGAUCCGGGGAAGCUCGAAGAUGCUUCUACGGUACGACAAGUAUCUGUGGAGCAAGCAAAUCGGAUAUCGGCGGCAAUCGAUUCGCAGCCCGACUCAAACUCCUUCCGCCUUGACUCAGCUUUAUCUAUGUCAGAUAAUGGCAAUCUUAGGAUCAUGUCUCGCAAGGCGCUGCUAAACCCCCUUCGAGCUGGACAUGUUCUCAUCGUUGCCCCUAUUGCCUAUACAGAAGAUGGGCCUAGGGCCGUCCCGGUGCCCGCUGACGAUGUGGUGCUUGCCUUGACCAAAGACUUUGCGGGUCUGUCGACGUACCCAGACCCGGAUGAAGAUCCAACAAUCACCGCGGAGAGGAUUAAUCGUCUUCAGAAAGAGGUUUCGCUAGAUCGUGUGAUUAUUCUGGAUCCUCUAGGAGGCAUUCCAGCCUUCCAUGGCCCGCAGAUGUCUCAUGUGUUCAUCAACAUGGAGCAGGAGUUUGACGAGCUUGAGGACGAACUGCUUCAGCACAUAGAAACAGCUUCUGCGCACAGUACACAGUCAAUAUCUCAGAUGAGUCCUGGGGCGGCGUCCUCGAUUAUCAACAGCAACCCAUUUUCGAAAUUCGUGAAUAACGAGGUUGCUUCCCCCCUGCCAGAAAAGUCGGGCCACUUACCCGGCACCGAGACAGUCGCAAAAGCGCUUAGUGGGCACCUCAAGAAUCUCCGACUAUCCCAGCAGACCCUUGCAAUGCUCCCAUCUGCGUCUUCCGGCAUCAUCACCUCCCCACAGGAGGUUGCCAAAUCGGCCUGUCCGCGUCAGCCAGCUGUAGCAGACUUCUCAGCCGUUGGCACUCGACGCCAACGAAAUCCCCUCAUCCACAACCUUCUCACUGACAAACCUCUACUUUCGUCCUCUCUCCCGCCGCGCCGACGCGGUGCGGCCAAUCGUGGUGGGCCCAGCGCCGUCAACCCCCUCUCGUCGCAUACCACCGUCGUUAAGCGCGGGAUGCCUCUCACCAUUCUCCCCAACCCCCGCGUUCAGGCAUGGACCGCACAGAGCCAGCCACGCCUACAACUAAACGACCCAUCCAUCGACUUACCACGACUAGUACAUCUGAUCGAAGAUUCCUUCGACCGGAAACUAGAUGUACAGAAAUACCUACAACGAGUCAACGACCGCAUCGCCGGCCUCAUAAUCGCAGGCGAGUACGAAGGCGGCGCAAUCCUAACCUGGGAAACACCUCCCGGCGUCCCCGACGACGGCAGCGAAGCCAGUCUGUCCCGCAUGGUUCCAUACCUAGACAAAUUCGCCGUCCUGAAACGCAGCCAGGGCGCCGGUGGCGUCGCUGACGUGGUCUUUAAUGCCAUGGUGCGCACCUGCUUUCCGAAUGGAGUGUGCUGGCGCAGCCGAAAGGAUAAUCCAGUGAAUAAAUGGUACUUUGAGCGCUCAUGCGGAACUUGGAAGGUGGCGGAUAGCAAUUGGACUAUGUUCUGGACAACGCAGGGUUUGACGGAAGACUCGCAGCGGUUUCAGGAUUAUGAGGGUGUUUGUCGGAGGAUUCAGCCUAGUUGGGCAGAUGGCAAAAGUGUUGUUGACUGA